AAAUGUUUUAGAUAUUAAAGUCUCAAUCUGACUCCAGAAAUUUAAGGUGUCGGAGGUACCCUUAAAUGAGACGAAAAUGGAGGAAUAUGCAGAUUCCAAUGUUGGGGAGUAUAGUAAUUCAACCCUUUCACACAAACGUCAUGUGAAUUUUUUCAAGAUGUGUCUCCAAGUUCUGCCUCCGUCGUAUUCAUCUCUCGAUACCAGCAGACUAACGGUUGCUUUCUUUGCAUUGUCUGGUUUGGAUGUUCUUAAUGCUCUGGAUGUUAUUGAGAAAGAGAAGGAGGAAAUCAUCAACUGGAUAUACUCCCUUCAGGUAUUGCCAGAUCCUGACAAUACAGAUGAGUCAUUAUCAAGAUGUGGUUUCAGAGGAUCCUCCACCAUUGGCUUGUCUUUUAAUCCAUCUGAGAAAGACACUGCCACCUUUCAUCCCUAUGACUGGGGCCAUGUAGCGAUGACAUACACAGGCUUGGCGUCACUUCUUAUCUUAGGGGAUGAUAUGUCUCGGGUUAACAUGCCAGCCAUUGUUGCAGGUCUCAAGGCUCUACAGCUUGACGAUGGAAGUUUUUCAGCUCUAGAGAACGGGAGUGAGAAUGACAUGCGAUUUGUAUAUUGUGCCUGUUGCAUCAGUUACAUGCUGCAAGAUUGGAGUGGAAUCAACAAAGAAAAAGCUGUUCAGUUCAUUAGAAAUUCACUGACUCAUGAUUUUGGUAUAGGGCAAGGUCCAGGGCAAGAAUGUCAUGGUGGUACAACGUUUUGUGGGAUAGCUUCACUGGUGCUGAUGGAUCAGCUAGAACAUGCCUUCACAGAUAAACAGAUGGAUGGAAUCAAGAGGUGGUGUCUAUUCAGGCAACAGACUGGUUUCAACGGUCGACCAAACAAGAAGACAGAUACCUGCUAUUCUUUCUGGGUUGGAUCAACACUCAAGCUUUUAAAGAUUUUUGACAUGAUAGACUUCAGAUGGAACAGGAACUACAUCUUAUCCACUGAGGACACCAGCAUGGGAGGCUUCUCCAAGUGGCCAGACUUCCACCCCGACGCCCUACAUGCUUACCUUGGACUAUGUGGUUUAUCUAUGAUGGGUGAGGAGGGCUUGGCUCAAAUACACCCGGCUCUCAACAUCACCCAAAGGGCCGCAGACCAUCUACACAGUGUGCACACGAAAUGGAGGAACAGCUCUGAUUCGUGAUGAUUUACCCACCCACCCUCGCACAGGAUAUGAUAUGUUAUUGAAUUUAUCAAGUGAUAACUGACACUGCGACAUUGCCACAUGCUUUAUUACUGAACAGCUCCUCCACAGUGAAAAGAUCAGUAAUGUUAACUGUCAUCCUGGUGAAGGAGAGGCUAGAAGGGGCCAGAGGUGUAUGGGAGGAGCCAGAGGGUGUAGGAGGAGUCAGAGGGUGUAGGAGGGGCCAGAGUGUGUAUGUGGGGCCAGAAAGGCUAGUAGCCUAAAGUAUGCAUGCCCUUCCAGUUCUGGUCAUAUAAAACUCUUUUUCGUGAGGACUGAUUAAGAAUCACAGGGUAACAAAGUAACUUCUUGUGGGUUGUACUUUGUUAAACACCAUUAUGUACACUCGAUCAAACUACAGAACUGUAAUUUGGAUGAGAUUUUUUUAAAAAGGUACUUUUUAUAUUUCAAGUUAGUUCUAAGAAUGGUUCAAUUUACUCAUUGACUAGAUUUAGAAUGCAACUCAUUCCUAGGUUGCAAACAAGAAACAUUUAAUUAUUAGUGCUAGUUACUAGUGGGCAGUAAAAAAAAGAGAUUAAGCUGUAUCACAUUAAAAUUGAUAGAGCCUUUGUGG